CCUGGUGCCCCCCUCGCCGCGCUCUCAGUAUGAAGGCAGCUGAGCGCCGCCCGAAUUGCGCCAUUUUGAAAGCGUAAUGCUGGGAGAGGCACAGGCGAGGGAAAUCUCAAAGUAGAGUGCAAAGUCUGAAAGCCACUACGGGGGUUUGCAGUUUCCUUUCCUUGGUGGAAAACUGCUCCGUGGCGCUAGUUUCAACCGGGCCAGGGACUUGUGCGGUCGUCGGCGCUUCGAGCAGAACUCCCCGCACCAUUCCGCCACUGCUCCUCCUCGGUCAGAACCACCCAGCCGACCCGGGCCAGCGCUGCUCCAGCCCAAGGCCCGAGCCCGCUCCAGAGAUCCCCUCUGUCCGAGUCGCUCGCCAUGGCAGGGGCCGGUGGUGGGAACAGUGAUGUGCAGUGGUGCUUCUCCCAGGUCAAAGGAGCGAUAGAUGAUGAUGUCGCAGAAGCUGACAUCAUAUCUACGGUUGAAUUCAACCACUCUGGGGAGCUGCUAGCCACUGGGGACAAGGGGGGUCGAGUUGUCAUCUUUCAGCAGGAGCCGGAGAGUAAGAAUCAGCCACAGUGCCGAGGAGAGUACAAUGUUUACAGCACCUUCCAGAGCCACGAGCCUGAGUUUGACUACCUGAAAAGCCUAGAGAUUGAGGAGAAGAUCAACAAGAUUCGAUGGUUGCCUCAGAAAAAUGCUGCACAGUUCCUUUUGUCCACAAAUGACAAAACCAUAAAGCUGUGGAAAAUUAGUGAGCGUGACAAGAGACCAGAGGGCUACAAUCUGAAGGAAGAAGAUGGGCGAUACAGAGAUCCCAAUACUGUCACAACACUACGGGUACCAGUACUCAGGCCCAUGGACUUGAUGGUGGAAGCCAGCCCUAGAAGAGUGUUUGCGAAUGCUCACACUUAUCAUAUCAACUCGAUUUCAGUCAACAGUGAUUGUGAGACCUACCUGUCUGCAGAUGACCUGCGCAUUAACCUCUGGCAUUUGGAGAUCAACGAUCGCAGCUUUAAUAUUGUUGACAUUAAGCCAGCCAACAUGGAGGAGUUGACAGAGGUGAUCACAGCAGCAGAGUUUCACCCCAACCAAUGCAACACUUUUGUCUACAGCAGCAGCAAAGGCACCAUUCGCUUGUGUGACAUGAGGGCAUCAGCGCUGUGUGACCAACACACCAAAUUGUUUGAAGAGCCAGAGGAUCCAAACAAUCGUUCGUUCUUUUCUGAAAUCAUCUCAUCCAUCUCUGAUGUAAAGUUCAGCCACAGUGGACGCUACUUGAUGACCCGUGACUACCUGUCUGUCAAAAUCUGGGAUCUCAACAUGGAGAGCCGACCAGUAGAGACAUAUCAGGUUCAUGAAUAUCUCAGGAGUAAGUUGUGUUCACUCUAUGAGAAUGACUGCAUCUUCGACAAGUUUGAGUGCUGCUGGAAUGGGAACGACAGUGUUGUGAUGACUGGUUCCUACAACAACUUCUUCAGGAUGUUCGACAGAGGCUACCGGCAGGACGUAACCUUAGAGGCGUCCCGGGAGAACAGCAAGCCGCGGUCGGUCCUGAAACCUCGCAAAGUAAGCACAGGUGGGAAGCGCAAAAAGGAUGAGAUCAGUGUAGACAGUCUUGACUUUAACAAGAAGAUCCUCCACACGGCCUGGCAUCCUUUGGACAACAUCAUUGCUGUGGCCACCACCAACAAUCUGUACAUAUUCCAGGAAAAACUCAACUAGAAUUUGUUGAACUGCUCAGAUCCCAGUUUCCGCUUGAGCCCCACUGCUCUGAUACACCCAUAACAAACCAUAUCUGUCUGUCUUUGACUAAAUCCCCAAGUCUUGAUGUGAUCUGCCCUUGGUCAUGUAAGUAUUGACCUUACUCUGCCAUCAACAAGCAGCAACUUAACACAGUACCUCCAAGCUGGCCAUCACAAGCACAUUUUCCAUGUGUAUUACAAAUAUAAACAUGUAGGGUUUGUCGAUCUGUUGUCAAGGUUUCCUCUACUAGAAUCACUCCAUUCACCAACUUACUGUUUGCAACUCCACUACAUCCCAAACCAAAGGAAAAAUGUGUCUCACACAUAUAUGGCUUGUUUGUUUCCUUAUUCUUUUGUGCCAUUGUGACAUGAUUCAUUUGUAUGUCAAAGCUUCCAAUUGUUAAUUAGUUUUGUAGCCACCAGGAUUUAUUAUUUUUUAUCUUGAAUAGGAAAUUCUACUGUUAAUCCAUGUUUCUGUCACCAUGCUCCUUUUCAUUCUGGCCUGAAACAACUGCUAAUACAAGCUGUCAACACUCCUUUAUUUGCCCCAAGUAUUUGUCAAGUUGCCAAGUUCACUCACUAUUAAUUUCCACCAUUUUUUUUUUGCGUUAAAGAACUUUUCAAGUGUUUCAGCUCAUUCUUUCCAAAUAAUGUACCACUUACAUUACUUCUAACCUCCAUCGACAUUGAACCAAUAUUUAUUGCAUCAAAGUCCUAACUUCAAAGCAGCCAUAUACAUUUUUUCUACAGUCGGGAAGAUGAUCUACUUGAACCUUACUUGACAUGUAUCCCACCUCAAUGAGCUUUUUGUUGUCUUCAGAGUAAUUGUUCUGUAUUAGCUCAGUUGCAGGCAAGAAAAUUCCAUGUAAAUUCAAACAUACCAUAACAUCUGAUGACACAAAAUCAGCCUUUUUAGUGCAGCAAAAUAAAGAACUUCACCUUAUCCUUUAAACAACAUCCAUGUUCCUUAACAUUUGUCCCCUUAGAGCUUUGGACGAAAAGGCUUGUAAAGAAAAUAAAGUGGCUUUUUGAGUAGCGGAAAAUCUCCAAACUGUGAUGCUGUAAUGCGUGUCCUGAAUAUAUAUAUACUUAGGUAAAGGGUCACUGAGUUGCGUGGACUUAUCCCAAGCUCAGGGCUCUGUUGAUUUCAUAGUGUAUUGAAAUGUCUUCCUUUUAGGAAAAUUGGCAGCAGGAAUAAUGCAUAUGUUAAUGGGCUGAAACAUAAAGAAGGCUUCUGUAAUCCUUAAACGUGGACACCAGUGUGGUGUGUGCUACUUAGUCGGGCAUUGUGGUUUUGGGAGAUGCAUGGGGGCUUAUCAUGCCAAAGUAACUAGUCCUCUACUCUCCGAAGUUAGAAACCUUUAAAGCUGUCUUGCAGACGAGGUGUCCCCGGUCAGACCGGUCACCCUUGCACAUGUGUGGACCACCAUUUAAGCUCAGGACAAAAGCUUUCGAAAAUGAAAGGCCAUGCUGGCUCGCUGCGGCCUGAUAUACUUGUGGUUUGUGGCACCAUCAUUGAGUGCACUGUGUCCUCCCCACAAAACGCGCGUUGUGUAGAUUGAUUAAACGCUUUAACCCUCUGGAUCUAGUUUGUUUGUAGAGGGUUUUUUAGUUGUUUUUUUUUAUGAGGUUUUGUACCAUACUUGAUAAAAGAAUAACCACUAUAGCUGAUUUAUUUUUGUAUAAAUGAAAGCAAUAGGAUUACAGUCUGAUCACUGUAGUUUCUUUAGCUGUCUAUCUCAGACUGAUUGUAGAUGGAAGGUCAGGUAACCUCUUUGUAAUAUGACUUUGAGACAUGUUGUCCAUUGUGGCAGGUAUUUUUGUUUGCAAGCUAGAGACUUUUUGUGACAUCAGGGAGGUGUGUCGUUUAUGACUUGGGAUGUCCAAAGAAAAGUAUUUUUCAGCUGUCAGUACAUCUGUAGUCAUAAGCACUAUAACAGUUAUAUUUUUUUAAUUUGGCUGACUGUAACUGAUGUUUAUGUAGAACUUAUUCGGACUCUCCAGAGUUAGAUUCUGAGUUUAUUUGGAUCUUAAUGUUCUAUUUUUUGUGCCAUUUUGUUUUGUUUAUGAAUAAUUUCUGCUUGCUGUGAAAGAGUAGGUCCUUGCAGGCCUAGGUGGGAAAGGCAUUUUAAAUCAACAUUUAAUGUUAAAACUGUUAAGCGCUUUAGCUAGUCAAGUCCAUGACUAGGCAGAGUUACUGUUUUGAACUAUUUUAUGACAUUGUCUUCUCUCUCCUGUGAUUCAGCGGUAGCUCUCCUGUGCACACUUGAUUAUUUAAAAAAAGAGAAUUUGUGAAGCACUUGGUUUGCAGACCAUUAUUGUAUGGUAGCCAUCAUUCACGACUGUCCUGAGCAUGGGAAAAGUUAACGCCGUUGUCUCUCUGCUCCACAAUGCUUCGGCCACACGCUGCCCCUUUAAUUUUCAGCAAAGUGGCUCACUAGAGCACGUGUUUCACUUCAUUAUACAAUUAUGUUCCAGUGACAGCUUCAGCCAUUGAAUCAGGGCACGAAGCUUAUUGGUCCACUGGACCACAUUUCUGUGUCACUCCUACCAUAGAGAACUGAUUUCCAAAAUCCCAAAUUAGCGCCCAUCUCAAUAUGUGGUGUUAAGCUACUGUUGGGUUUCUGUGUGCGUGUGUCUCUCAGGGCUCUGGGUAAUGUCUUCUGGUAAUAAGACACUUUUUUUUUGCUACCGUUUCAAAAAAAACAUCAACUUUUCUCUAUUGUCUGCAAUAUUGCGUGAGGGUGGUUCAAGUUAUUUACCUCAUGUCAAUGUGUGUAAAAAAAAAAUUAUAAUGUGGCACCUUUGUCCCAUUCCACACUCGGAUAAUUCUAUCAGUUA